CCCUCCUCCGCAGUCAGUCUCACUUUUGCACACAAGAUAGUAAGAUCGGGCAGAGACAGAGGACGCAGAACAGCCACUGGUUGCUCACAGACACUCAGAGGAGAGCACAGACUGCCUGCCUUAUGUGUGGCUCCUCUCAAGGCUUCACAGCCUCCUCACGUGAAUGCACCAAAGCCAUGUUAGCCUCUGAGACAUCUCCAGAAGGCUUUCCAAUACCAGAAAACCAGGAUUUAGAUAUGACACUGUGGAGUGAAAAAGAUUUUGAAGAAAAGUACAUCUACACUGUGAAAGACCAUCGUUUCGAAGAAGAGUCUGAAAACAGCUGCAAGACACGAGCAGAGAGAUCUUUACCAAGAAACCUUGCCCUAAAACGGUGCCACAACCCACCAGAGGUGCUUGGAGUCAUCAGUAAAGAGCUUAUCCCCAAAGGGACACGCUUUGGCCCCUUUGUGGGCGAACGCUAUACCAAUGACACUCUGCCAAAAGAUGCCAACAGGAAGUACUUUUGGAGGGUGUUUGUGGGGAGGAACCUACACCACAUCCUGGAUGGUUUAAAUGAAGAGCGAAGCAACUGGAUGCGAUACGUCAGUCCAGCUCGUACCGUUGAGGAACAGAAUUUGGUAGCAUGUCAAAGUGGCUUGGACAUCUAUUUCUUCAGCAUUAAGCCACUUCUGCCAAGCCAGGAGCUCAAGGUGUGGUACUGCCCUGAAUUUGCCCAACGCUGUCACUACCUACCACUUGAGCAGCCGAUGGUCAACAAAAAUGAACAGAGCAAUGCUCAUGAAAAGACCUCGGGUAAAAGAGGCCACAGCGUCUCAGAAAUCCUCAGAGAAGAACCGGCCAAAUCCCGGCUGAGCCUCCCCGGUUGCCUGGACGACUCUUCUUCUCGAAUAUACGUCCCAGCAGUUCUUCCCUUGUGUCCCAGUGUCCUUUACCCAGUUCAACCCUUCUCAGAAUCUAUCUAUAAUCAUGGAUACGCACCACUGCCCCCACUGCCACCCUGCAGUCCCCCCACAGCCAAAAGGCAAGCACUAAGCAUUUCUUUACCCACAAGCCUUCACUUUGCUCUGCAGCCCAGUCAGGCCUACCGAGAAUCCUAUGUGCCAGAUCACAUUACCUCUGCCUUCAGGCAUGGUUCAUUUCCAUUGCCUCAUUACUCACUGGGUCUUCUACCUCAUUCAUACUCAUUAUACAGUGAUCGACUGAAACCUCCCUUUGCUGUGUCAUCUAACCCCUCUCCUUUUGACAGCCAUGCAAUGUUUCUAAACCCUUUAACGAGUGACUGUAAAGGCUUGCCACAAGUGCCUUCCAGUUCUAAAUCAAACCUCAAAUUAACAAUCGAGCAAAAAGACAGCAAGGACCUCACAUCACAAAGAACAACCUACCUCAGGAGUAGCUCUGAUGACCUCAGAGUUUUGAAGAGUUCACCUCGAAGCAAUGCUGGGAUGGACCAUUCGGUGCCUUCCAAGGCUGGCAUCUCACCCAUCAACACUGAACUCUGUGGAUCACUGUCCUCUUUCGCACAUGGAGGGUGUUCUCCACCAGCAGGCAUGGGUGCGCCCUCCAGCUGCCUUCCUUCAAAGCCUACCUCCGCAAUUCAAAGCAUUACAGAGGAUGCAUUGGACCUAAGGAAGACCAAGCAAGAGGGGCAAAUCAUAGGCUACAAGACUCUAUCUUACCCCCUUACUAGAGAGAAUGGAAAGAUUCGAUAUGAGUGUAACAUCUGUAAAAAAAUCUUCGGACAACUUUCCAACCUCAAGGUUCAUUUACGAGUGCACAGUGGAGAGCGCCCAUUCAAGUGUCAGACCUGCAACAAAAACUUCACUCAGCUGGCACACCUGCAAAAACACUACCUGGUUCACACAGGAGAGAAGCCCCAUGAGUGCAAAGUGUGCCAUAAGCGAUUCAGCAGCACGAGCAACUUGAAGACCCACCUUCGGCUUCACUCCGGUGAGAGGCCUUACCAGUGCAAGCUGUGCCCAGCCAGGUUUACUCAGUUCAUCCACCUCAAGCUCCACAAACGCCUGCACACUGGGGAGAGACUCCACCGCUGUCCUCACUGUUCCUGUGCCUUUCUCCACUACUGCAGCCUGCAGGUGCACCUUCAAGGCUUCUGCCCUCUUUCACCCUCAGCUUCCUGCAGAUACUCGCCAGAGGAACUACAUCGGUUUAACUGUGAGAUAGAAAGAUUUGACAGCAGCGAGGCCGCCGAGCAGCUUGAAGUGCUGUCAGCAGGGAUAGAUAUGGAGAGGGGGAAUAUUUUUGACCUGAUAAAGAAGAUACAAACUGGAGUCUUAAGUCACCUGGAGGGAGUGGAAGGGGAGACCGAGUUAAGCCUCUGCAAAUCGGCAAAAAAGAGUUGCGAGGGUCAGCUCCACCGAAUUAGUCCCUUAUGUCUGAAUCCCUCAAGAAUCAAACUGGAAUCCGGCUGUGUUUCAGAGACUUAAAGAUGUCCUGUUAAUCUGGCCAAAUAAUCCUUAUAGGUCAGCUCGACAGCUGUGAAUUACUGCCCUAUCCGGAGAAAAGCCUUACCUCAAUCAUGGAUCGGCUGGCCUAUUAAAGGGACUGCAGAUCAUAAAAGGUCAAAACAGCAGGCUGAGCCUCGCCUGAUGUAGUCUACAUUUUUGUGUCUAUUUAUUCUCUUGCUAAUUUUAAUCUAACAUGUAUAAAAGCACAGAAUUGCAAUAUUUUUUUACUGUUUUUCUUGCAUCUCAGGAACCGUUUUGCUGAAAUGACAACUAAACAAGAUUUAUACCCAAACAUUUAUUAUAUGUAAUUGUGGUCUCACUGUGUGAGACUGAGAGUUUCUUUGUGUGUAUUUUUGUUGUCUGAUUAAAGUGACAGCAUCUAUU